AUGACAACUAAAUCUUGUUUCCUUAUCGAUACUCUUCUCACUGGUCCAUCAGUUAGCGCUACUCAAGAGACAUGUCUUGAUUUGGCUAAGAGAAACGAAUCUUUCUCUGAAGAGGAUGAGCCUUGCUCAUCAUCAACCACUGAAGGCAGUCCCCUCGUUGAUCCAACCGCUGAAUCGGAGGAUUUGGAAAAGAAUGAACGAGAAAGUGAGCAUGAGGAAAGCUCUCGUUUGGAUAAAAUCGUUGCAUCAAUGAUCGAGAAACAGAAAACGAAUGAUUUGUUGAUGCAAGCGAUUCCUUCAAUUCAACCACCACAACUCUUGACUGCAUUUCCACUAUUGCAGCGAACCAUGGCUACAGUUGGAUCACCAAUUGGAGCUUAUUUGGCAAGAGUUCAAUUAAUGCAACAAGCCGCUAUUCAAUUGAAUUCUUUCACUGCAGCCGUUCAAUCAAGAAUUUCACAACAACACGUCGUUCCAACACUUUCAAGGUUCAAUUUGAUAAAAGAUUCACCUCGAAAUCAACUCUUGACAAGAGGACAUGCAACAGAGUCAACAAGUCGAGGAAAUGUGAAAAAAUAUCGGUGUGAUGUUUGUGAGAAGACGUUCAGUCGAAGUAAUACGCUAAUUACUCACAAGAGAAUCCAUACCGGCGAGAAGCCGUUUAAAUGUGAGCACUGUGGGCGCGCGUUUCGUCAACCGGGAAAUCUCACUCGACAUCGCCUCACUCACACAACGGCAAAACCCUAUGUGUGUAUCGAAUGUGACAAAGCGUUUAAUCGAGCCAGCAAUCUUCAUACGCAUAUGAGGACUCAUGUCAGGGAUCUA